CUUCGACAACACCAUGUGUCUUCCUCGACGGUAAUUAUCCUUGCAUCAAGUCGCCAUGUUGCAGCCACGGCUGUUCCAAUCCGCCACCGCAGCGGAACCUUCAUUGGUCACCCUCGUCUCGUCCAUGAAUUCCCUCAGCUUCUACUCCCACCAUACACCUUUCAAACCGCAGUCAUCUAAAAUUCUCGUCCGAUAUGCCUCCCAUGCGGCUCAGGGGCGAGCCAAUGGGCCCACAGACUCGGCAGGUCGACGCCUUGGAGCCAAAAAGUCGGCCUCAGAAUACGUUGUCCCUGGAAACAUAAUUUUCAAACAGAGAGGUACCAAAUGGCACCCUGGCGAGAAUGUCGGCAUUGGUAAAGACCAUUCUAUCUACGCCACCGAGUCUGGCUACGUCCGCUAUUAUCGAGAUCCAGCACGCCACCCUAAACGACGAUAUAUUGGAGUCGCAUUGGAAAAAGAUGGACCUGGCUCGCAACUUCCCGCAACGCCGAAUGCCCCCACGCGACGACGGCUGAACAUGUUCGCAACACCAAUGAAAGAGCCACAAGUCUUCACUGUACCAGUGGUAUCUCCACCUGAAACCACACAGCCGGUUAAGAGUCACGGAAUGACAAAGUACAAGCCCCGCGUCAUCAUUCCAACGUUUCUUCGUGAGGGCACCAACCGAGAAGCGAAUAGUUCGAUUGGUCGCGAAGCAGAGAGGCAGAAUGUCAAGGUCGACGGCUUUGAUCGGAAAAACAGAUGGCAGGCAUGGCGCAAGCGAGCUACGAGACUGGAGGCCGCGGUGGCUUCCAAGGCCGCCAAAGGCACCAAGAAGAGCAAGGGGAAGAAAUCAAACAAAGGCGUCAAGAUUGGUGGUAAGAAGAGGUGACAGCACACAUCCUGACCUGGCCUGUCUCCCAAGUGUACCAACAAUUUACCCGAGAAGCGUCUGUCUGCGACAAGGCUUUGAACAGAUGAUCAAUGUCUUAUUAUGCAUGUAUAGAGUCGUCCGCCCUUGGAAGUCAAGGUUCCAUUGUUCUUCCCAAAGAUGAACACUUACUUCUAGCAUUGGAUAUCGUAGAUAAUUCCCGUCGGACGGACACUUCUUUGCCCAUUAUAGUCCAUUUUCCGCUUUGAAUUUGUCCCAGG